UAGUAACGAGCAUCCCAGAUGACUGGAUGCAAGGCGCUCCUUUUCUUGAUCUGAAGAAAAAGUACUUAAAAAGAAGGGGCUUUGGGGAAAUGCAGGACUGUAACCCUUGGCUGCGGAGCGACGGGGAUGAUGUCACCGCUUCAGCACAAGAGGCUGGGGGUGGAGCAGAGGAGCAGGAGCCUGCUCUGCACUCGCAGCUGCCAAGACUCCCGAGCCCACGUCAGGGGACGCGUCUGGAUAAAUAGGGUCCCACAAUGGCCGUGGCCCGCUGCGCUCCGAGCUGCGGGGUCCGAGACUGGAGCUUCCUGCGCGGGGUCGGUGCUCUGGAGGCUGAGUGCUGGCUCUGCUGGUGCUCCGUGGUCCGGGGCAGAUUGGCAGCCAGACCCCAGAACUCUUCAUCAGUGCAGACUGGAGCUUGGGCAAGAAAGUUCACCCUCUAGGUGAAGAGAAAAGGAGCGCAGCGGUGCUGGAAGAAAAGGGUCCUUCCUGCGGACGGCGGCGCAGGAGGACAGUGCCAUGCUCCUCUCCAUCCUAGUGGCCUUGUGCCUGUGGCUGCGCCUGGCGCUGGGCGUGCGCGGCGCGCCCUGCGAGGCCGUGCGCAUCCCCAUGUGCAGGCACAUGCCCUGGAACAUUACCCGGAUGCCCAACCACCUGCACCACAGCACGCAGGAGAACGCCAUCCUAGCCAUAGAGCAGUACGAGGAGCUGGUGGACGUGAACUGCAGCUCCGUGUUGCGCUUCUUCCUCUGCGCCAUGUACGCACCCAUCUGCACCCUGGAGUUUCUGCACGACCCCAUCAAGCCCUGCAAGUCCGUGUGCCAGCGCGCGCGCGACGACUGCGAGCCGCUCAUGAAGAUGUACAACCACAGCUGGCCCGAGAGCCUGGCCUGCGAUGAGCUGCCCGUUUAUGACCGCGGGGUGUGCAUCUCUCCCGAAGCUAUCGUCACCGAUCUCCCGGAAGAUGUGAAGUGGAUAGACAUCACACCAGAUAUGAUGGUGCAGGAGAGGUCCUUUGAUGCUGACUGCAAACGCCUGAGCCCUGACCGGUGCAAGUGCAAAAAGGUGAAGCCAACUUUGGCAACUUACCUGAGCAAAAACUACAGCUAUGUUAUUCAUGCCAAAAUAAAAGCCGUCCAGAGGAGUGGUUGCAAUGAAGUGACAACAGUGGUAGACGUGAAAGAGAUCUUCAAAUCUUCCUCACCCAUCCCUCGAACACAAGUCCCCCUCAUCACGAACUCCUCCUGCCAAUGUCCGCAUAUCCUGCCCCAUCAGGAUGUCCUGAUCAUGUGUUAUGAGUGGCGUUCAAGGAUGAUGCUUCUUGAAAAUUGUUUAGUUGAAAAAUGGAGAGAUCAACUUAGUAGGAGGUCCACGCAGUGGGAAGAGAGGCUCCGCGAACAGCAGAGGACCGUUCAGGACAAGAAGCGAACGGCUGGCCGCACCAGCCGCAGCAACCCCACAAAGCCAAAGGGAAGGACACCCGUUCCCAAAGCUGCCAGCCCUAAGAAGAACGUGAAAGCCAGAAGUGCCACCAAAACGUCAAACCUAAAGAAAAUCGCAAGCUAACAGGGUUCCAAGACGGAGCCACCCUUACAGGAUAAGGCGCUACUGCCUGGGACAGCCUGUGGAAGGCCACACACCACUUGCCUUAAGGACCCACUGCACUUCUCCUUAUUAGACACAUGCUGCAGCAUUUUUCUCUAACGAUAGCUUCAGUGUUUCUCCUUAAGCCGCACAGUCCUGGUGCCGGUUGGUCCUCCCGUAUGGAAGAUGCAAGAGGAAAAGAUGAUGGAAAGGUUUCUGCAUUCAGAGUGGCCACAUACUCUGUGUGACCUCCGCGCAGCAGGAAAUGUGCCUCUGUUUUGAGAGUUUGACCUAAUAUGUACAUUGUAAAGUUCACAUACUAUGUCAAACAAAACCAUUUUUAAUUUUUUGACAAAAAAAAUAUUGUACUUCCUUUGACUUCUGUUAGGAAGUUAGUGAGACAUUAAAUGUGGCUGAAACUAUGCUUUUGACAAAGGCAGGAGGAAUGGUACUUAGAAGACCUUCGUCUGUUUGUUGUCUGCGUAAAGAUUUUUCUGAUGAAUGGAGUUUUGGAAAGCUUAGAGAUGUGGGAUGUGGGGAUGGUAAUGUGUGUUUUUCAGACUCUCAUUUCUGUCUUUAGCUUAAACUUUGAAAGCUAAGCUAAACAUGACAAAUAAAAAGGAGAGGCAGACUGUCCAUGUGUGUUCUUAUCGUCCGGCUGCCACACCUCGCUGGAGAUGCUCUAAUCAAACCGCUCCUUGCUGGUACCCUGGAUGCUGCCCCACAGACAGCAUGCCUCUUUCCCCCUUUGCAGCUCAGGUACCAAGUAGCAGGUUAAUCCAGUCAAGUGAGUGGGUCACUCAUCUCACCCCAGGGCAUCUUAGUGCUUCUAGUCACAACAGGACAUUCUAGGACAUUCUCUGUGCACUGGCAAGGACUGACAGCCUAUUGAAGCCGGCUCACAGUGUGCUGCGCCAUAGGCACCGUACUUACUGUUUACUUCCGGUGGUAGCAGGACAGUACCAACACUUGAUGCUUAGAUUUACCAUUGUCCCUGAUGGCCAGGGGAAAGGUAAGUGAUGUGUCACGUUCAUAGUCAUCGAAACACGAAACUGAGAUGAACGGGGCACGGGCAAGCGGGCAAAGAUUUCUAUGAAGUACUGCCUCCUGAUGGCUUAGCUAUGCUUGCAAUCAAAGAAACCCAAGAGCAUCAAUAAAUUACGAAGAACAUGAUUCUACAGUAUAAAACGGACCCACUAGCUCUUAAGGACAACCUGAUAGCAAUUACACAUAGCAUCUAAACUCUACGAUCUCUGGACAAGUCAUUAAGAACUGUUGAUAGCCUAUGCAGCUUAUUAGCAUAGGAGGACGGGCUGAUGGA